CCCUCCCUUUCGUUCUUCGUCUUCGCCUCCUCCCCAUCUCACGGCCUCCGAAACCCUAACCCUAGGGGAGGAGGAAAAAGAAAACAGGAGAGAGAAAACUCGCUCGCCCGCCCGCUGCGCCGCGCGAUGGGGAGGAGGAAGGAGCGCCGCCUUGCGGCCAAGGCGGCCGCGGGCGGCCGCAGGGUGAAGCUCGACCUCUUCCUCGAUCCCUCCCCCGGGGGAACACCUUCGAAAGAGGGAGAGCGAGGGGAAAACCAUGACCAACAAACUGGGGUUCCCACUUCACCAUCUUCUUCAGGUGGGUUUCAUCAGUUUCCUUCCAAGGGAUUUGUAAAGAAGACAUGCCUGUGGAACCUAAAUUUGGUGGAAAUUUGGAAUUUUUGUACAAGCAUAUAUAUGCUCCACAUAUAUGGUUGAGGCACAUGUAGGGUUCCGGCCUGCAAGGAACAUUGAGUAAAUUCUUCAAACCGGGCUGCUACUGUCAAAAUUGAGUAAAUGCCUAUGGGUAAUUUCUCUUUUGGCAGCCUCUAAGCGUGCGGAUCAGAAUGUGAUUGUUGCCUCCUCGAUAAGAAGGAGAAUCCUCUAGCGUUGCUUGGGCAAUAUAGUGAUGAUGAAGAGGAAGAGGAAGCAGCAGAUCAACCCAAUGAUGAAACAGAGGCUAAUCCUGCAGAUGCAGGUGAUAAGAUUACUCAUGAACGUGGGGACUUGACUAGGAAUGAAGGUGAUGCACAAAGUGAUCUGGCUGGUUCUGCUAAUGUCCAACAAGAGUUAACUGAAGCUGAUGAUAAGAAGUGCACUGGAAAUAUUGCUGAAGAAAAUGUUGUUGCCAUAAAGCCAACUCUGGAAGAUGGGACUGCAACAGCAACUGAAGCUAUUCCUGACUCAUCUGGGAUGCAAAUUGUUGGUGACAUUGGUGGGAAUUGGAAGACUAUAAUGCAUGAGCAGAGCAACCAGUGUUACUAUUGGAACACAGUUACUGGAGAAACCUCUUGGGAGAUUCCUAAUGUAUUAGCUUCUGAAAUUGCAGCUGACAGUGUCACUUCUGCAUCUGCUCCUACUCAUGUAGACUACUCUAUGGAGGCCCAAGCACAUGCCCUUACCCACAAUGCCGUGGAAGCUUAUCCAAGUGAUAUAUCUGUGCUAAAUGGCUCAGUGGCUUAUGCUACUUUGGGAAUGGGACAGCCUACUCAUGAUGCUUAUGCUUAUGCUGGAGCUGUCACUAGUCAUGAAUCGAUGGACAUUGAUCCUUUGCAGCUUGCAAGAUAUGGCGAGGAAUUGCUGCAAAGAUUGAAGCCGCUAGAAAGGUUGCAUGGUUCCAUUUACAAUGUUGAAUUGCUAAAAAGAGAAAUUGAGAUACGAAUAUCAGACUGCAAUGCACUUUCAUCGUAUGGAUCUUCUUUGCUUCCAUUGUGGUUGCAUGCUGAGGUACACCUUAAGCAACUAGAAUUCUCAGUUUCCAAAUUGGAAACUAGUUACUCUACCACUGAACCUAGACAUCCAGAGAAAGCAGACACAGAACACAAAACACCUAAUGAAGCUGAAGUGAUGAUGCCACCCUCCAAUGGUGAGGGUUUGAAAUCUGAGGUGAGCACUGACGUUAUGAUGGAUGGAAAUGUUAAAAAUGAGGAGCCAUUUUCAACAUCAUCCAUUCAGAAAUCAGAAGAAAAUGAUACCACAACAGUCCCAUCAAAAAUUGAAUCCGACAAUGAUGAAGAUAUGGAUGUGGAUAUGGAGGUUGACGAUGACAAUGUUGAAGAGCAUAAGCACUCGAAUUCCACGCCUAUUAAGGAAUAUCCUCCAUCAGAGCAAGUUCAGUCACCGGCUUUGUUAUUGUUGGACGGUUCAGCUGCACCCCUAGAGGAUAGCGACAUUCCUCCACCACCACCAGAAGAUGAAUGGAUUCCACCUCCACCACCUGAGAAUGAACCAGCUCCUCCACCUCCUCCUGAAGAACCUGCUGUGUCAUCUGUUUCUACUGAAACAAUUCCACAGUCCUAUGUCGAUCAAGCAAACUUGGUCUAUACAGUUCCUGGAAUGGAGUACUAUGCUGCUGCAGGUACAGAAGGUACACAUGCCAGCUAUUAUAUGCAAACGAGUGAGCCUCAUGUCGUUCAAGCACACCAGAAUGGUUACUAUGCACCAGUAUCUGCAAGUGGCAUAUCUAUUCCUGUUGAUGCCACAUCUAUUGCUCCAGUACCUGUUUCUUACUAUAGCUAUCCUUCAGUCACUAUGGCUGCCACUGGAGAAGCAGCUGAGCCUUCUGGAUACUACGCGGCAUCAGUCUCUGCCACUUCUAGCAGUGUAUUAGAUAACACAACAAGCUCUUCCAAUCUUGCUCCUGCGAAUAGUAGUUUGCAUUCCAGGGAGUCUGACAACAUCAUAUCCAAGGAGGCAAAACUUGCAUCUUUGAGCCAACCUGUGGGAGCAACAUCAGCAUCAGCAUCCAUACAGGGAAGUUCUGCACAGGCUUCUACAAGUACCACAAGUCAGAGCAAAGUUGUUCGUAGCAAGAAGCGAGCUGUUUCUGUUGCAACAUCACUGAGGUCUAAUAAGAAGGUUUCAAGUCUGGUGGAUAAGUGGAAAGCUGCUAAGGAGGAGCUUCGUGAUGAGGAGGAUGAAGAGCCAGAAAGUGCUUUGGACGCAUUAGAAAGAAAGCGUCAAAAGGAUAUUGAUGAGUGGCGCAAGCAACAGAUAGCCAGCGGAGAAGCUCAGGAAAAUGCCAAUUUUGUUCCCCUUGGUGGUGACUGGCGUGAUCGUGUGAAACGCAGGAGAGCGGAAGCAAAAAAGGAGGCAAAUAGCGAGACUAUUUCUGCACCAGUGAGUGUCACCGAUCUGCAUAAAGGACAACCUGAUCUUGCAGAGCUCUGCAAGGGUCUUCCUUCUGGAUGGCAGAACAUCCUUCACCUCAUCAAUCUCUUCACCAGAGAUGUGAUUACAGUUGAAGUUCAGUUGCACAAAGACUGGCUUGUUAGUAGCAUGGGUAAAGCACCGAGCUCCAACCUCUGGAGCAUAUUCGUGGCAUACCUGGAUGAAUCUACAAAGCAGGUGUACUACGGGAACAGCCUCACAUCAGAGACGACAUGGGAUCGGCCUACCAAGUGAAGAUAGGACUAGGAAGUCUAGAACAUGUUUUGCGGUUUCUGGUUGGGUCAACUGCCAAUUCAGUGAUUCCCCUAUCUAGAUAACUAGAUAUCCUCUCCCCCCUAAGGAGCGAAUGACACUGUAGCUGGCAUAUUUUGAGAGAAGAUAAGUUUUGUAUGUUUAAAAUUACCUUGGAGCAAAGAAAAGUUUUGCAUGAUUAAAAUUUCUGUGGGGCA